UAUAUAGUAUGCCGUCAUCGCGAUAGUGAUCGGUAGUAUCAAAAGUAUUCCAAAAUAUCGCAAGGUACGAAAGUCCUGGAAAUAUUAUACAGAAAGUUUUCCAAACAGCUGAAAACCGUUGUUGUUGAAAUAAAUUCGAGACCAUCUCUAAAAUCACCUCUUUUGCUUUAACACCUGACGCAUAUACAUCUGGCACCUAACCUAACUUAAUUUAAAAGGAGAGAAUUUUCGAUUAGAAUUUAACCAGAUUAUAUGUCAUUUUGAAAUUUCUGGAUUUUUGAGCUUUCUAGAAAUAUUAUAGUCAUUUAAAAAAAAAGGAAGGAUUUCAAAAAAGUUACUACAUAUGUACAUACAUACAUAUAUUAAGUUUAAUAACUCUUCCUUAAUUUUACUUGAAAUAUAUCCUUAUUUUUUAUAUUCCUACACAUAGAAUCACAAUGUUUAAGCACACAGCAUUGUUUAUGAUAAUCAUUGCUAGCACUGUAUUGCAUACAGUAAUAAUGUCUGUUGAAGAAGUAUCAUCGAGCAUAAAAUUAAAUACUUUUAAACGGAUAUCUACAGCGUGUAAUGAUUUUACAAAUUCGUUGUAUAAGACUUUAGCAGUAAACACCGACAAGAAUAUAAUAAUUUCUCCUUUGAGCUUACAUAUGAUAUUGUCCUUACUUUCUAAUGGCGCUGGAGGAUCCACACUGGAUGAGUUAAGAUCUGCUCUUGGCUAUAAUGAUAAAGAAUCUUUAAAUGAUGAAUUUAGAGCUCUGAUCGUCUUGUUAAAUGAUAUGGAAAAUGUCACAUUGCAUAUAGCGAAUGCAGCAUAUAUUCAAAAGGAAGUUGAUCUAACAGGAGACUUUUUAUCAAUAUGCAUGAAUAUUUUUCAAUCCGCGAUUACAAAAAUAAAUUUCAAAAAUAAUGUACAUGCUGCGGAAACUAUUAAUUCAUGGGUCCAAAUGGCGACAUAUAAUAAAAUAUCCAACAUAAUAUCUCCAGAUGAUAUCAGCAUAGAUACAAAUUUUAUAAUGGUAAAUGCUAUUCACUUUAGAAGUAGAUGGCUAAAACCGUUUAAUGAAGAGGACACGCAGCAACGCGAAUUUCAUGUUUCGAAAACAGAAACAUGUCUUGUCCCAACAAUGUAUAGAAAAGCGACAUAUUUUUAUGGUGAAAUACCAACUUGGGAUACACAAUUCAUUGAAAUACCAUAUUUGAAUGAGGAAAUUGUAAUGAUAAUAUUAUUGCCGGAUAAAGAUAUAGAACUGCAGCUUGUAGAAAACAAUUUUAAUUGGGAAACAUUGGUAAAAAGACGCAAGUUUUAUGACGAUUUUGAAUUAUAUCUACCCAAGUUUAAAUUUGAGAUUGCUAUUAAUUUAAAAGAUGUUCUACAUAAGAUUGGCCUGAAUGCGAUGUUUAAAGAUAAUUGCGAUUUUACACGUCUUUCAAAAUUUCCUUUAAAAGUGAGCAAUGUAUUACAAAAAAUUUUCAUAGAUGUUAACGAACAAGGUACAGAAGCUGCUGCUGUAACAGUUGCCGAAAUGAGGUCGAGAAGAAUGGCAAUCGAACCAAUGGAAUUUAUCGUAGAUCGUCCAUUUAUGUUCGCAAUUGAACAUAAACCAACCACAAUUCCACUAUUUUUAGGGAGCGUGCGAAAACUGAACUCAUUCGUUUCAGUGAGAGAUGAAAUUAAUAUGAAAGAUGAAUUAUAAAUUUUAUUCUAUUCUUAAGUUUAUUGAAAGUUUUAUAUCAAACUAUAUAUAUAAAGAAUUUAAAUAUUUUGAGAUUUUAUUAUAAUAUAUAAAGUUUAAACAUUAAUAAAUAAUUUACAUUUUCCGAGAAUAUGCUCGAGUGAGAUAUUGGUCGAUACGAUUAUUGCUUAUAAAAUUUCCGAAUUUUGUUACAGAACAUCCAAAUAAAUGCGCAUUUGUAUGCGUUAUUUUUUUACAUUAAUUCUUGAAAAAAAAGAUUUAAAAGUCUUAAAAAAUUUAAUAUAGAAAGUUUAUUUUAAAAUAAAUAUGGAAAAAGUUUUAUGAGUUUAAAUGUGGAUUGAAGUUCCAGGACCAUAUAUAUCUAUAUAAAUUAUAUAUUAUAAAAUAUACCAUGUCUGCAUUUUUAAUAUUAAAUUUUAUGAGCGUUUUAUGAGUAAUAA